AUUGUCAGGCAGUGUACAUGGAAACGUCGUUGCGAACAACCGCGGCACCACACUGCGCGCGCAAAUCGAAAAUAAUUUUCGCGCGUUCAUAAUUUGAAUUCAAAACCAAAUUCAAAUAAACUAAUACCACAGUUUGCUUUGAUAACAUUUUCUAUUUUGCUAUCGUAUUAAAACCCGGCUUUUUAUCUAGAACAUUAUCGCUUUGUGUAAACAUUGAAAAUUUGGCGGUUUGAAUUUUUCCGUAAAUCAAACAAACAGUAUAAAGUAGUUAUUAUUUUAGCUACCUAUCAAUGAGCCGCUUUAUUUUGGUAAACCACCAAUCUCUCUACGAACCUUUGAGGAAGUGAGUGUGAAGACUGGAAGCGCGAAAACAGACAUCGAAAUGUGCACUCGAUCGACAAUACCCCGCGCGACUAGAAUACAUAGUCAUUACUGCGCGACUCGGAUCAACUCGAAGGCGUAAUUUAAACCUAUUGUACUGAAUAACCGCUGUACAAUGCUGGCCGACGAGACCACUCGGCUCUCCAAUCAAACUAUCUACAAUGACUCCAAUAUCACAUACGAUUUCGUAGACGAUGGCUCUAGAAUCAUCACUUUAUUAAAACAUAGGGGGUUCAACCAUAGUUCAAGCAUCAGCGAAGUACUCAAGGCCCUGGAAGAUUGGAGAAAUAGGGAGAAUAUUUCGUCACUGGUGAAAGAAUGUCGCAUGGAGUAUUGUGCGGGAGAGAUAAGGGACUUGGUGCUAGCUUACAAUGGUAUACAUGGAUAUGUUAGCUUGUUGGUUUGCCUAUUUGGCAGUCUAGCCAACAUUUUGAACGUGGCCGUGCUGACGCGGCGCGACCUGGCGGCGGCGCCCAUCAACCGGCUACUGAAGUGGCUCGCCGUGGCCGACGUCUUCGUCAUGAUGGAGUACGUCCCGUUCGCGGUCUACAGGUAUCUGUUGCUCCCGGGCCAGGAGGACUGGCCUUACUCUUGGGCGGUGUACAUGCUGUUCCACAUGCACUUCACGCAGAUAUUGCACACUGCGUCUAUAUUUCUCACUCUUUCGCUCGCUAUUUGGCGAUACAUAGCUAUAAAAUACCCGUCUUACAGCCCGGCGCUGUGCACCGACCGGCGCUGCACCUUCGCCAUCCUCUUCAGUUUCAUGCUGCCGCCCAUCCUCUGCAUACCUUCGUAUUUUGUGUUCACCAUUCACAAGGACUUUACUGUUGACAAGAGAGGAAAUAUACCCACAAAGGUGUAUUACGUUGAUUCUGAUUACGACGGGACAUUGUACCAAGUGAAUUUCUGGGUACAUGCGGUUUUAAUCAAGCUGCUUCCUUGUUUGAUCCUCACGUUGAUUAGUGCUUGGUUAAUCCGGGCAUUGUAUAGAGCUAAUAGUAGGAAGAAGGCCUUAAAAGGCUAUAGUGCAUGUCCGGCAGACACCGUCGUGAAUGGGAACGGAAAUAUUUUCACGAGAAAGUCGACGAAGCGGUCCAAAGCUGAGCGGCGGACGGACAGGACGACCAAAAUGCUGGUUGCGGUUCUGCUGUUGUUUCUGAUGACGGAGUUUCCUCAGGGGAUUUUAGGUCUGCUAAGCGGCAUCCUCGGGCGUUGUUUCUUCAAGCGGUGUUACGACCUGUUCGGGGAGCUGAUGGACGCGCUGGCCCUCCUCAACGGAGCCAUCAACUUCGUGCUGUACUGCUCCAUGUCGCGCCAGUUUCGCACCACCUUCGGCCAGCUCGUCUGGAACCGGUGUGCCCCUACGCAGCGGGCGAGCUCACACACAGAGCUGCAGACAACUUAUGUGUGACUGAAGAAAUGUUGUCGUAAAUCGUUUUAUGUGACUGAUAAAGGUACUUUAACUAGCAAUCAUUUGAAAUAAUGUUAAAAAAAUGUCUACAAAUGUCUAAUCGCAUGAUGAAAUGGAAUAUCUUCAUAGGCCUAAAUUGAAUUUAAGCUUAAUGCCUAAAGAAGAAGUAGGAGAUGAAAAAUAGAGAGUGUGUGAUGAAAAUACAAACAAGUCAUAAUUUAGAGUAUCUAACUACAUGGUCCAUCACUGGUAGAGCUUGUUUAAUAUUUAAAACAAAUGAAUUUCAACUGUGUGUAUGCAUAUUUAAUAUCAAUUACUUUUCAAGACCUCAUAAUGCUUUGAGAAGUAAUGUGAAAAUUAUGAGCAAAGAUUUUUAUAUAUCGUUAUGAGAAAUGUCCAAACUGUAUUACAGGCACGAGUAGUUAUCAUGUUGCUAUUACCCAAAGAUUUGUAAGUUGCAUAGUUUGUAAGUAAAGUACGAGUAUGUUAAGAAAUUAAGUACCUACCUAAGUGUUUAAUUUAUUACAUGUUAAGUGAUCGCCAAGUGAGUGGCGCAUUAUAACCUAGGCACAUCCCACUACAUUGAAUGUCAAUUAGUAAAUCCUAUAUCUUUCAAAUUUAUCAGGUAAACGGUCUAAUCAUGUUUUAAUAUCAGCAGUUUAAUGGGAAAUGCCACUAUUUUUAAAACAAAUUAAAAAUCUUUGACAAUUUUUUUACCUUCCGGAACGAUCGCGUGACUCCUAUUUUAUUGACCAGAGCUGCUGGGUCUACCCAGUAAGAAUAUUUACUUGAAAAUGUAAAAUCCAUGCAAAUAAACCCUUCGUAGAUUGUUAUGUAGAACAACAACUGUAUGACAAGAAUUAUGACGUCAUAAAGUUCGAGGGAUAUGAAAAGCUGUGGCGAGCGAACUGAGUUAUCUCGUCAAAUUAUCAAUCUCGGCUCGGCAGCGCUUUACGAAAUAUGACAUCCAUUUUGGUCGGUUUUUUCAUCAUAAACUUUGAGUGGACAGAAUUCUGUUGGCUGCUAGGAAAAUGCGAAUUUGCAUAGCGUAUUAUGAAUACAAUGUGUCAUCCGAAAGUAAAUUGUUAUGUAAAUGGCUGUUCGCAUUCUACAUCAAUAAAGGAAGUUGUUUAUUUAUGAUGUAUGGUAUGAUUUAGUAUUGUUGUAUAUAUAUUAAGUCCUAUUCUAACUAAGAAUAUUUUAAUGUAGUGAAUAGCAUUUACUAUUUUAAAGUACACAUGGCACUGACCUUCCUUAUGUAUGAAUAAAAAGUAUGAGUCUCAUGUUAUACAAUUAAAUAUUCAUAUAAAUAUUUAACUUGCACAUAUUUCCACGAAAAUUAAAUCUUUCUAAAAUUAUUGUUUAUAAAGGAAAAUAAAUAGAAAAUCAGUGUCUCAUUUUGUCUCCCAGUACAUUGAGAGUAUUGAGACUUAUUUAUAAAGGUACCAUUUUAUGACACUAUCCUUCUUUUUUAUAAAUGAAAUCUGAUUUCUAAAAUGACUACCAGAAGUAGUAGUUAAAAUUCUAAAUAAACUAGCUAAACUAGCUGCCCUCCGGGGCUUCGGUCCUGUGGCAAUUUCGGGAUAAAAAGUAUCCUAUGUAUUAAUCCAGGUUAUAUUCUACCCGUGUACUAAAUUCCAUAACAAUUAGACAGUAGAUAUUGCAUGAAAGAGUAAGAAACUUACACCCAUACAUAAAAUAUUAGUAGGAUGUAUAAAUAUAGGUGGAAUUAUUUGUAAUUAGAGCUAUCUCUUUUCUCUUCCUUCUUUAUCUAACUUAUGUGAGAUGUCGUGUCCAUAUUAGAUGUAAAAUAUAUGUGUAAACUAUAUAAAAUAUUAAACUAUUGUAUGAUUACAUACAGUUUUUAUUCAAUAAGUAACUAUUAGCAGUAAGUUUGCAACAGAGAUUAUAAAUUUAUUGAGUUAAAAUCAAACAUGCCAUUUACCACUGCCUUUCCAAGGCAGUGAUUUUACCACUGAGAUAUCGAGGCGGAUAACCACUCGUACAAAUAAAUUUUAAGACAUUUUUAAAUACUUCUAUAAUUUAAUUCAUUGAUAUUCGUCAUGCCAUAUCAUCGCCCCAUAUAUAAUCGUCCAAGUAGGAGAAGGCGAUGAUCGUAAGUUAGGUUUAGUAGCAUAUAUAUCAGGUACAUUCAUUUAAAAUUUCGCCAGAAUUGGCCAGAUGGCCAGCAUAAUUUAUAAUUUAUUUAUUAAAACUGUAUUCAAAUUUAUGAAAUUCAUA